AUGCAGACCCAAAAGGUCCCUGUGCGGCGCAAGCUGCUCGAGCAUGGGUUUAUCAUCCUUUCGGGGUUCAUCACAAUGUAUGCGUAUCGCGAGAAGCGGUACACUGACCGCGCGAGCAUCCUGCGCUUCUACUGCCUGCGAUUUGGGGCAAUCGUGGCCUCGUAUUACCUCUUUUACGUGCUGAAUGCCCUCUACUACAGCGUCACGAGGUGGGAGCGCCAUGACGAGUUUCUCGCUGGAGGUGCCAUCACGUCGCUUUUCUUGGUGCAAGCCUUCGCACCAGCUUCACUCUGCCUCAUGCAUGGGCCGAUUGUGUCGAUGGCGAUGAUUGAUCUUGGCAAGCAGACUGGAUGUCUCAUCGUUGGGGACGUAGACAAAUGCAACGCGGGGGACGACCAGCGGUGGUGGAACUGGUAUAUUCUUUACAGAUUUCCCCUGGCGUUGAGAUAUGCCUGGCAGCAUGAGACCCGCUGGGGUCGUAUCGGGCGCUACUUUUGGGGGGCCGUAGCUGAUAUCACCGCCGCUGCGUUCUUCGUGCUCAACUUCUUUUGGUUUGGCAGAGACGGGUGGAAGCCAACUGGGUAUGGCAGGGUGGUCGCUUACGAGCCGUUGUGGCUCACCCUAAUGGGGGACCUUGGUUUCCAAGUGUAUAUGUGUCAUUACUUGGUCAUGAAUUUGCUAAUUGACUUUCACGCGCCGUGGGCCUAG